UGCCGCUGCGCGGAAUCCGGGGAGCUCAAUCGCCUUUGCAAAAAGAAAAAGGAAAAAAAAGAAGCGUGCGCGCUUCUGGAGCUCUGUAGCAAACUUCUGACAUCUUGAAUUCAAACGGAAGGGGAAAAAAAUGUUAUCGGGCUCACCUCCCCCCACCUCUUUCCUUCCCUUUCUUUCCCCCCCCCCGCCCCCUCCUCUCCCAGUUCCUUUCCGCCCCUCGUCGGGCUGGUUUCAAUGGCAUUCCCUUUGUGUAGGAAUGGGCACGGCGGCGGCUGCCGCUUGUUGCCGUUUCAACUUCCUUUCUGCUGGCUUUUGGUAUUGGUGGGUUGUCCUGGUUUGUUUUGUUUUUGGUUAAAAGUAGGCGGUUUGGCGGAAAUAUAAGCCGAGCAACCAAAAAAAAACACACCACAAAACAAAACAAAAAAACGGCUUUCGACCCUACUCUCCUCUGUUCUUCCUGUAUUGUUUGCAUUUUUAAUGGUCCCCCCCCCCCCCUCCCCCCCCCCUUCCCUGUGGGUUGGAUUGUGCCGUUCCCAUGUGCAGCUGCUGGUGGGUAGCUCACGGCUAGGAGGAAACGGCAGCGAAAAAAAAAAAGAAAAGGCACCUCCUCCUCCAUCCCUGAUGAGUUACAGACUUAAAACAGAAGGGAGAAUGCCUCCCUCACGUACCCAGCCACUCCUCUAAGCCCCGUGGCGCUCGGUUGCCUGCAGGAAUCGGACGAGGAUCCAUUUGCUUUUUUAAUUAGGCACAAAGUCUUGCCAUUUUCUCUGGGGGGGGGGAGCGGGAGGAGAGAAAGAGCGAGAAGGAAUCGGGUUUGCAUUUCAAUGGACUUGAAUUUGCCUGCUGUUUCUAUGCCCUCUUUCUGGGGGUGGAUCCCCCCCGACAACGUGUUGAUCUUUGAAUGCCUUGCUCCAAACAUAUUCGACCACAUGUCUGGAAAAGGGCAGUAAGAAGCCAGCCUUGAGCAAACUGAAAGUCGAUUGUUUCUGUGGACCAUUUCUCCCCCCCUGUAUAGGUUCUUUCUGUCCUUCCCUCCCUUUUUUCCCCUUCCCUCCCUUUCCCCCUCUCUUUUUGAAGUGGUAGAAAAUGUUGGUAAAUGUAACAAUCUGUACUUAAGGGAAGCAACUUGUAAGAACAAUGUGUUCAGCCUUCAACAUCCUCCAAAAAAGCAAUGUGCCCUUUAAUAGCUUAAUAUUUGGGUGAUGGUUUCAUGACGGUUCAACAAGCACUAAAAACUCAAGUGGGGCUGUUUGUCUUUCUUUAAAAUGUUUUAAUGAAUGCAUUUUAGUUCUGUAUAGCAACUCCAGGGAUAAAUACACACAGGUUUGAACCAAGACAGAUCUGCCAACAGUUCCACAAUGUCCGACAGUGACUUUGGGGAAGAUGAUGGGAGCAUUUCUCAGGACCCAUCCCAGCCUGGCAAGAGGAAACGAAGGGGCAAUCUCCCCAAAGAGUCUGUCAAGAUUCUGAGGGAAUGGCUGUAUGAACAUCGGUUCAAUGCAUACCCUUCAGAGCAAGAGAAACUCAGCCUUUCAGGACAAACAAGCCUCUCUGUUCUACAAAUUUGCAAUUGGUUCAUCAAUGCUAGGCGCAGACUUCUCCCCGAUAUGCUGCUAAAGGAUGGCAAAGACCCAAACCAGUUCACUAUUUCUCGCCGAGGCACCAAAGCCAGUGAUGUAGCACUUUCCCGUGGAGCUGCUGCAGGUUCUGGACUCCUGAUGGUGCCUCCUCCUGCGGCUGUUGCAGCUACUACAUCCAAGGUCCUCUCCAUGUCUGUAUGCCCCCCUGUGAUCUGCCAGACUUCUCGGCCACUGGCUGGCAACUUGACUGUGAUGACCGGAGACCUAGAGAAACGAUCCAUGCUCCAGCGGAUUGAGCUGGAAUCCCAUACCAAGCAACAGUCGCAGCUGAGUGCAACAGGCAACACGCUGGCUCUUCUCACCCGGGCAGAUGCCUCCAGUCCCACCAGUGGACUGUUCAACACGCCUCCUCCAACACCACCUGAGCUCUUCGGAGAGGACUUCAGCAGCUUCCAGUUGCUGGUGGAAGUGGCUCUGCAAAGGGCAGCAGAGCUUGACUCACAGAAGCUGAGUGGGCAACUGCCUCCAUCACCACAGAGAGAAUCUUCUCCGGCAAAAAACAAGUAACUUCCUGCAGCCUUUGGUUUCCUCUUGGAGGCAGCCUUUUCUUUUUUUCCCCAGGAUUUCCUUUCUGUUGGCCUUUGCAGCGAGAGCUCCCAUUAGAAGUUAAUGCUGUGAUACGGUUUCUUGUCAAACCGGGAACCGUUAUGGUGGAAGCCUCCAUUCUCCUCUUAAGCUGCCAGCUGAUCUUGGAAUACAAGGCACCCCCAACUUUACAUAAACAUUUCCCUCAAAAGGCGGGCACACUACUUCAUCCUUUGGGUUGGCAUCAGGCUAUGGAUCUCCAGUCAGUAUCUCUCUGAAGCCACCCGGAGGAGAUGGCCUGUUUAGGGGUUCCUAGCUCCAAGCUGCUCUUGGAAGGGCCCCAAACUUCUGAACAUCUUCUGAGAAGAUGUAGUUGCUGGAUGAUGUUUUUAUAAUGCUUGACUCUUCUUUUUAAAAAAAAAAUGUGGAGGAUUUAGACAAUACUUCUUACCUUCUUCCCGCCCCUCCCCUCUCGCCCAGAUUUUCAAAACUUACUGACAUGGACUAGAACAAGAAAACAGUCCAAAGCAAUUUAUCAGAAACAAAUACCGUCCCCGCCCCCCCUUCUUUUGAUAAUGGAAGACAAGCAAAGAGCUAUUUCACCACCUUCGGCUUUUUUUUAUAUAGUACAUACUUUUAAUUUUAAUUUCCUUGGAGGCGGCAGGGAAAUGUUUCUAUUCCCCUCUCAUUUUCUUUUAAAGUUGUACCAUGUUGUAGUGUAUUGUUGAACUGGUGUGAAUAUGUGGCUGGUCCUUACAUCACACCUGAUGGGAGUCUCCCAUAACGAACAAACGAAUUGGCAGCCUUUAAAGAUUGUGGCAUUCUUCUUUCUGUUGGACAGAAAGAUCAGUUGAGCAUCACCUUGUGAAUACUGGUGCCAGUAAAAGAAACUUAAAAAGCAUUAUGGUGCUUUGGAUGAUCCACUUUAGGUGCUGGCAGAAAUUUAGCUGUUUUUUUUUUGUUUUUUUUUUUGAUCACUGGGCAUUCUUCUGUCUACUCCUUCUUCCAUUUGUCCUGAUAAGUACAAUGCUAGAAGAGAGAGAGGACUAUGCUGGCAGAAGGGUAGCCAUAAACGGCGGAGAGGGCAUUUCAAAGGUGUGGAGGAGUAAGAGACUAAAAACAAAAUUUUCAAAUGUGAAGUUGCUUUAAACAAUGCUUUCUCCUUUUUUAAAAAAUUUUGGAACAUGAACUGUAUCUCUGUGUGACUUUUGGGAAUCUUGUGGCAUCUCUGACAGAUGCGCUGACAAAACUACCUAGACAAAUCAACAAGAAUUCAUUCUGACUUGGGUAUUUUUGUAUCCUUGCUUUCAUCAUGCUGAAUGUAGUUGCUCCUUUGCUGAUGGAGCAAGGGUGCCCUCUCAUGGCCAAGAAGGGAAGUCAAAACAGAUCAGGGCUUCCAUUCUACUGGCAAUUCUGAUGAUCACUCACUCCCGUGUGAUAUUCAUAUGUCUCAUGUGUCUAUAGUCUCAAUGGACCCAAUAAUAGUUUAUUAUUCAAAAUUAGAGAAAAGGGUACACUUUUGGAUUUAGGUGGAGGGAAAUCAAGGCCUGUCUGUUGAUCAUUUUAGAAGACAGACCAGUAAGAAUGCAUUCAUCUUUUCAUAUCCUCUUUUGUCCUGAGUUCAAGACUUCGCACAAGAAUGGCAUAAUACCCUGGGUGGUGGUAGGGUCAUCCACCUCUUUUUUGAAUAGUGCUGUUUCACUGUAAAUGUAAGUUAAAUAGUGAUCUAUUAUAUACACCUAUAUAUCUAUCUUGAGAAACACUAAUGUUAGAGGGUGUUAGCCUAAUUAUUAUGUUGCAUGAAUAGUAAAGAUAAAAGCCCAGCAGAACACAACUUUCUCCCAGAUAAUCUUUGAACCAGGCCUAGAAGCCGGUGGGUGAUUGAUUUCAUGAUAGAUUUUGGGAGGAGAAUAAAUGGUUCGUAGAAAAAUUAGAGCCCAAGUGGGAAGCCUUAUGGCUUCUAUCAAUGUUGAGUGCCUUCCCCCUCAACCUUCUCCCCUUCCCCUGGAAAGUGCUACUAAGACAAUUAAUACAAACCCACAAUUGCUGCUGGACACAGCCUCGUCCAUUCCUUUCUCUUUUUGGUGCUCUUUGAUCCUUAGUCCCAUGUCAUUGAUGGGAUGUAGUGAACUGUGCCUAGAGAGCUGCCAUUUCAACCCAAAGUCAUCUUUAAAAUAACCCAAAGGUACUUUCCCUCCCUCUGUUAAAAAGCCCACAGAAUUGCCUUGGAAAAAGCUUAAGCUGUUCAUUUAUUGCUAUUUUGUUGGAGGGCAUUCAUCAGUCUUGUGUCCAGUUUUCAUCCUUAAUUGAAUUCUGGAUAGUGAACACAUCAGUUCUUUGAUCUCUUUUUUACAUCCUUUUAAAAGGAAACCACUCAAGGUUUUCUAGAAUGUGCAGCAACAUUUCAUUUUCUUAUUGUUUGGAAUUGGGCAUUAAUUUAGUGUACUAUUGAAAUGGAAAUUCCUUGAACAGCUGUGUCCCAGGUCCCUCUUAAAUACACCUUUGGCUAGUAACGUACUUGACUUUAAUGGUACAUACAUCACUGAUUUCCUUUAGCGUGGGACCAGUGUGAUUAAAUAAUACACAGGAUAUCUUAACGGGCUGUAGAAAGUGCCUAAACAGAUCUGAAACUUUAGUAUAAAAGAAAAUUUAAAAUCCAGUUCCUACAAUGCGCUGCUCUUUGUUAUACUGCUGUACUUUGUCCUAAUGAUGCAAAGAUAUUGUUUCAGGUGGGAUGGGAACUUUGCAAAAGAGAAAAUAUUCUUUUGCUUGAACUUUAUGGAGCAGAACUACUGUAAAUAACUUUUGAAUUUUUUUAAUCAAUAAAGUUUUUUUUAAAAAGAUAUAA